GGAGGGGGAGCUCAUGCCUCUCCCUUUUUCGAGCCCCUCCUCCCCCCCCCCCCUUGCUUCCUUCUCCUUCGCUCACCAUGCCUCCUGCCGACAAGCCGGCUCUUGGCUAUGCCCUCCCCAAGAAGAAGCUGGACAGCCAGCGGAUGCAGGAGUUUCUGCAGUAUCUCGGCGAUCGACAGACCUUCCGCUCGGUGACACCCGUGGAUUUGGACAACCCGGCCGCUCUGCCGAAUGACCUGGAUGUCAUCUUGCACAAGUUCACCUCGGAGAUGGUGUACGCCCGGCUGAGCAAACUGUCGGCCGGCCCGCCGGCCGAUGAGGCUCUGCGUGGAAAGAUGGCCCGUGCGGUGGCCCGGCUGCAGGCUCUCCGCCAGCUGCUGGAAAACCCCCCUCCCGGGGCCGUCCCUCCGGCCCUGGUUGACCCGCUGGACGUGUGCCACAUCCUGACCGAUCGGUGGCUGUCAAGCGAGGCGCUGGCCGCACUGGCCGGCCGCUGGGCCGCCUCCCACAAUGGCCAAUACCUCUUCCACUCCCCCACAACGAUGCUCUUCGCCCCUGAGCCGGAGGAUUUGACCAGCCGGGCCGCCUAUGAUGCGGCCCUCGGGCGCUUCAUCCGCACCACAGUCGCCCAGAGCGCCACUUCUGAUGACUCCGCCUACUUCCUCAAGUCGCGUGACGCCUGCUCGACGCCGGCCUCCCAUCGGCUGUCCAUCUUCCGUGCCGGCGCGGUUGCGGAUGCCCAGCCCGGGGCCUGGCUCUCGGAGGAGUUCACCCUGACGGCCGAGGACGAUGGCCAACGCACCCUCCAACUGGGUGUCCCCCACCAGCCGGCCCUCCUGUGGAAGGCGUACGCUGUGGCCGGGGCCGUGGCCAGCAUUGUCCCCCGGCCGUCGGUGGACCUGGCCUCGGCCGGGUCGCCCCUGGCUCGAGAGCCGAUUCUGCACCUGGAUUCGCAGCGCCUUUCCCGGGAGACGGUCCCCCUGGACCCGGGCGUCGUGGUGGCCCUGACCCCGGAGCAGCAGGCCCGCGUCGAGCAAACCGUGGCCUACUUGGCGGCCGAGAUGGGCGUGUCCCUUUUCGGUGUGGACAUUGUUUUCGAGGAGGGCACUGACCGGAUGUUCAUCGUGGAUCUGAACUACUUCCCCGGGUACGGUGGCGUGGACAAUCUCUUCCCGCUGCUGGAGGAGCAACUCCUCCACGCGGCUCGCGAUCGAUGCACCUAGCCUAUCCCCUCGCCUCCCGCCCUCCUGGUCCUGGCACCGGCACAGCAUCAACCUGCUCCGAAGACAAUAAACCCAUAGAGUUGCGCCGGCCCA